CUUUUCUCUCCCAUUCUCUCCGCUCCCGGGAACCUCCAUUCCUUUCUUAAUAUUCCCCUGUGUUUGCAAAUGCGCAACUAUCCUGGUUUGUGAGACACGGACGGUGGUGUUUUUCCUUUUGCUCUUUAUUCUUCCUCUAUCGUGUAGGCAGUGGAGUCUUAGAAGGCCAGCGAACGACGGCUAUAUAAAGAGAUCACGAUGCUGCUGCCCAGCUGGACGGCGCUGCUCCUUAUGAGCAUGUUGCCUCUCCUCGCCUGGUGCGCCGAAGAUUAUUAUAAACUGCUCGGCCUGGACCGUGAUGCAUCAGAUCGGGAUAUCAAGAAGGCAUACCGCCGAUUGAGCAAGCAGUACCAUCCAGACAAGAACCCUGGAGACCAGUCCGCCGCAGACAGAUUCGUCCUUAUCGCCGAAGCGUACGAUGCUCUUUCGAACGAGGAAACCCGGCGCAUAUAUGAUCAGUAUGGCCACGAGGGCCUAAAACAGCACAAGCAGGGAGGCCGCGCGCAAGCUCAUGACCCGUUUGAUCUCUUCUCGCGCUUUUUUGGUGGCAGCGGCCAUUUUGGACACGGGCAUCAUCAGGGAAAGAGGCAGGGCCCGGAAAAAAGGGGCGCAAUGGCGUUGCCCCUGCGUGACUUCUACAACGGCGCAGACAGGGACUUUGAGAUCGAGAAGCAGGUCGUCUGCUCGGCGUGUGAAGGCAGCGGCAGCAAGGAUGGCACGGUAGAUACGUGCUCCGCGUGCGGAGGGAGGGGCAUGACGAUUCAAAGACACAACAUUGCGCCGGGUAUCUUCCAGCAGGUACAGAUGCAGUGCGGCGCAUGCGGUGGAAAGGGCAAGACGAUUCGGCAUCCGUGUCCUGUGUGUCAUGGCCAGCGUGUGGUCAGGGAGACGGAGAAAUACACGCUGCACGUUGAGCGGGGAAUACCCCGCGGCACGGAGGUGCGGUUCGAACAGGAGGCUGACGAACAUCCAGACUGGGAGGCCGGUGACCUUAUCAUUGAAGUGCAAGAGGCAGAGCCGCAUCUUGAAGAGCACUCUGACGAUCCGUUGGCGAGAACUGAUGGCACUUUCUUCCGACGGAGAGGGCGUGAUCUGUUCUGGCGAGAGGUCCUAUCUCUGCGGGAAGCGUGGAUGGGUGACUGGACCCGCAACAUAACACAUCUUGAUGGCCAUGUCGUCAAACUCCACAGGCCCCGCGGACAGGUUGUACAACCAGGCAUGGUCGAGGUCAUUGAAGGCGAGGGCAUGCCCGUCUGGCAUCGUCACUCGAACGGACCGGGUCAUGAACUCGAGUUUGGCAAGUUGCACAUCGAGUACGUCGUAGUGUUGCCAGACCAAAUGGAGAGCGGAAUGGAGAAGGAAUUCUGGGCCGUAUGGGAGAAGUGGCGGGCGAAGAAGGGUGUAGAUCUGCAGAAGGAGUUUGGACGACCAGACCCUGCUGAUGCGCCGACACGGGACGAGCUGUAGUCCAUCCGUGAAUAUUUUGGACGGCGCUCUUUUUGAGUUUUCUUUUCCUGUUUCUGGAGAUAUGUACUCGUGAAAGAGUAUGAUGGCAUCUCAAGGUUGAAAGAGCUAUAGAGACAUGUAUGUGUGAUACCAACAAUCAGUCUUUGAUACUAUCUUGUUC